ACAGAUUGCCACCUGAGGCUCUAGUAGGUGACUUCAGAGAAGUGGGCUCCCAGGAAAACUCUCUCAGAAAAAAGCGUAGACUUGUACAGUUGUGUUGUGAAGAAGAUAUACAUAUUGUGGACUCAUUGUUUGAGAAAGAGAAUGGGUAAAACAUUGUCUGGAUUAUCAGAUGCAAGGAAAGCUCGUGCGACCACUGCAUUUCUCAUUGAAUAGCACUGGAGCGUUUUGUACGCUGCAUUUUGCGGACUGGGAAGCAUUUAGUAGACUCGAAUUAAGUGGAUGUGGAGGUUUGGUGGCACGGCAGCACGGGACUCUUUCUGACGCACUAGCUCGCGCGGACAGACUAAGGAACCACAGGUUACAGAAUUGAUAAAAGUGAUAAAAGUCUCCUGCUGAUGCCUCAAGUAAACAAUAGAAAAUUGCGACCUUCACCAGGACUGCUAUUAAAAUGAUGUUUACUGAGAAAAGUAACUCCUCAACGUCACAGAAGCCAAGCCAAAAGAAGACUAGGCCUCAGGGUCUUCCUUCUCCAGCUCUCUGUUGUGCCUGUGGGCUUUGCAUUAUGUUAGCAGGUAUUAACAUUACUUUGGUGGGGGCAUUUGCUUUCGGGACAUUUCUGCCCAUGAACAAUCCUCCAAUCAUCAUUGGACCAAUCUUACUAGUUGUAGCAUUCACAUUUUUUGGGGCCUGCUGUAUCUGUAGCCGAAGACCAGCUCCUGGAUCAAGGAAAUUCAAACCAGGGUCAAAUAUUGGUAUCAUUAAAACCGGCAACACUGCAUUUGAAAUUGAAACAAGUGAACAUACAGUCCAAGAUACCACAGCAGUUCAACUCAGCCCAACAAAUUCACCUGUUUCAUCUAGAAAGUCCAGUCCAGUUCACGAAAAUUCAAAAACAUGUAAACUUUUUACUAUGGAAGGUAAUGGCCCUGCUGCAAAAUAUACAGCAGGGGGAGAAACUAUACAGCUAAACUUACCUGUGGAUCUUAAUACUUCAUAAACCAAAACCUUUAUCAAGCACUGAUUGACUUGGUCAUGGCAUGCAAUCUAUUUACUGAAAGUACCUGCCUGGAGUCAAUAACUGACAUGCAGAAGGGCUUCAGUGUUCCAUUCAUUAUGUUUCCAAAAGACAUUUCUUACAUGACAUUGAAGGACAGUGCAUUUUGAAAUUAUCUUCUUUGUAAGAAAAUACUUUCGGAUACAAGGGAGCUAUAUACUUUUUUAAAAUGAGGGGAUACUAAGCUCCUAUAGUGUUUUAAAUACAGAAAUAAUUGCAUAAAAGUACUUUGUGACAAUUAUUUAAAAUAACAUGUUAAUUACUGCU